AUGGCUCCCAAGUCCAAGGAUGGAGAUGUCAUCUUUGCGUUCAACGCAAAAUGGGUGUCCUAUGUUCACACGGUCGUCGCUUACUGCGCGUUCCUGGGCGCUCUCUUCGUAGGCAUCUGGUUACAUUACCAGAAGAUUGUGCAAAACGAACAUUAUGGCUACCCCGACGAGUGGUUCCCAUCCGUGUCUGCUACCAUUGGCGACCGCUACCCCGAGAGAUCUGUAUUCAUGGUCUUCAUCGCCAUCACCUCUGGCCCACGUUUUGUCCUCGUCGGACUGUGGUAUCUGCUUACCCGGCGACCGAACACGAACCUCCCCGCAGUCAUUGCCGGCGUUGGAAUAUUCAGAACAUUGACUUGCGGAGGCUGGACCUACGUUACUUCAACAGAUGAUCAUAACUGGCAUGACAUCUUCAUGAUCUCGUACUUGGUGGCUACGGUUCCUUGGACCAUGGGCUGUCUUGCGCUCAGUCCGCCCAAUCCAGAAGCCAUUAAAUGGCGCAAACGCCUGGCAAGCCUGUUCUUCGGCACUUUGGUGCCCUUGAUUUACUUCUUCAUUCAGCAUAAAGUCCACAAGGUCGCUGGUGCAUACACGAUUUACGCCUUCUUUGAAUGGGCUCUUGUCCUUUUCGACGUUGCAUUCGACGCUGUGACUGCGCUAGAUUUUGGCACCUUUGAACUUGUAGUUAAGGAUGUUAAGGGUCUCAGCCGAGGAGACUCAAAGACUCUAAAAGAUGAUGUCAAAGCAAAGAACUCCAAUCAGCCUUUCGUGCAAGCUUCGACUUUUGAAGGGCCAUACUACUGGCCUGCUGUACUCGACGCAGCGGCCGACAUUUUCUCUGGCUACGUCUUCUGGUCGAUUCUCACCUCCCUCGGUGUUGUCAUCUGGUAUUUCCCGCUCUGGCACAUGGGUCUUUCAGGGUUCGAGAUAUUUGUGCUGGCUCCUGCUGCUACCCUCUGGCUUGGGAUCCCGCCAUUGCGUUCCCUAGUCAUCAACAACAUCCGCAGCGUCCAUCUACUGUCUGUUGUUGGUGUUCUAUCUUGGCUGGUACAUGAUCCCACAUACCGUCUCCUCACCGUGGCCUUUGCUGUCUCAAUGGGAACCAUCGCAUGGACCGCGACAUGGUAUGCUGAACGUGGAAACUCAGCCAGACUUCAAACUCGCAUCCUGGCUUGGACGAUCGGACUUGUCCUUUCAAGCAUCGCCAAGUUUGCCAACUACAGCAACAACCCAAUCUGGCCUGUCCUGCACUCUGAGAAUGGGGGGUGGAACAAGACUGGUGUUGUCCUUGCGGCACUCUCUAUCUGGCGAUCAACAAGACAGGUCAGCACCAGUGGAGGUGAUUACAUGCCUGCAGGAAAACAACGCGGAUCUGGAGUGCUCAUUGGAUUGGGGUUGGGCGGCCUCUUCUUCUUUAUGCAUUCCUUGCUGGCCGAUUCGAGCACCAUGAUUUUGUGGGUCUGGGAAGGGUUCCCCGUGCGCGGACCCAUUGCAAGUCCGCAUGGCGCUGUCACCAUCUUCUUCAUGGCGCUUGGCUUGUUCCUGGGCACAUCGACACCAGCGUUUUUCGUGACCUGGACUGCGUUUGGCAUCGGCUCCGUGGGCGCUGCCCUAUUGACCUAUUACAGCCACUGGACAGGCUACUAUGGUGGUUUGGCGCUCACCGUUUAUGUUAUGGGCCUCGCUCAACCUCUGAUUUCAGCCGGUGCUCAGCAUAAUCCAGCCAAGACAUUUGGGCUGGGCUUUAUGGUGUACAACUUUUUGGCUCUCUUCCACUGUUGGGUGGUGGCAUAUGCGUUUGUGCCAGGCGGUCCACUGGUGCGAGAGCGCACUGAUUGGAUCAUGCUCACAACCAUGAUCUUCAUUGGAGCCGCUGUCUUCAGCGUCCAGACAGCCGACUCGCCUUAUAAGCGAAAGGGCCCUACGAAAUCGACUGGCCGCACAGCUUCUGCGUACUACAUCCACAUUCUGCUUGCCCUCCAGCUCCUUUCAGCGUCCAUCGCCUACCUACGCUUCCCCACCAACGACUAUCAACCCUACCACAAGGAUGAAAAAGUGAUGACGGCUGGAAUCUGGACCACCCACUUCUCUAUUGACAACGAUCUCUGGGCGUCAGAAUACCGCAUUCGAGAUGCUAUCAAGGAACUCGAGAUUGACGUGAUUGGCCUACUCGAGUCUGACACGCAGCGCAUCAUCAUGGGAAUGCGCGACGCGACUCAGUUCCUUGCUGAGGACAUGGGUAUGUACGUUGACUAUGGCCCGGGUCCCAACAAGCACACUUGGGGAAGUGCUCUGCUUUCCAAGUUCCCAAUUGUCAACUCGACACAUCAUCUCCUGCCCUCGCCUGUUGGCGAGCUUGCACCUGCUAUUGAGGCCACAUUGGAUGUGUAUGGCACUCUAGUAGACGUUUUUGUCUUCCACUCUGGCCAAGAAGAGGAUGUCGAAGAUCGUCGUUUGCAAAGUGAGUACAUGAGCAAGAUCAUGGGGGCAACACCCCGACCUGCGAUCCUGCUCAGCUAUCUCGUCACAAAGCCCCAACAAGGCAAUUACAACACGUACGUCAGCGAGGCUAGCCAGAUGCACGAUAUCGACAGAUCGGAUUGGGACCGAUGGUGCGAGUAUAUCCUCUUCAAGGACAUCAAGAGGACUGGAUACGCCAGAGUGUCAAGAGGUACGAUAACCGAUACCGAGAUUCAGCUCGGAAAGUUCGUCAUUGGCGAGCCAGUAUCGUAUACGGACGAGAGAAUACCAGAGAAGCAAGUACCAGCCGGCCGGCGAUUUCCGGCCAGGUUCAACCCUCCAGGUGUGCGGGAGCACUUUUACCAUGUCCUCGAUGGCGGAAAGCCUCGCUACUAUGCGUAA